AUGAAUAAAUUAAAGGUUCAUGUGAGAAACAAAUAAUAAAUUAAUGUUAAAAAAAUACAGAUAAUAAACAACGGAAUUAUGAUGGAGAUAAUAUACAAUAAGCGGCUUUAGUAUUUUUGCGCAAGUGAACAUAACAAAUCCUACAACCUGAUUGGUCAAAUUUGACGUAUUAAACAAAACUGAAAUUUUCAAAAUGGCGGCUAGCCGUUUUGUGAAAGUUUCGUUACUGAUAAAGAAAUAAGCGAAAUUAAAAUAAAUUCAGUACCAAAUAACACAAAAGACUUGUGUAAAAAUACUAAAACAAGUUAUUCGCUUCAGGCUCGGUGAUUAUCGGGGAAUAUUCACCUCGACUUCGUCUGGGCGAAUAUUCCCCGAUUGAAUCACCUUGUUAAGUAAUUUAUAUGGAGUCGGGCUGGCCCAGUUAACCGGGACAAGUCUUUCAAUAAAGUUCUUAUCACGGCUUUGAUGAACAUUCAAAAUAACAUUUUAAAAGUGGAAUUCAGAGCUAAGAUUGAUUCCAGGAACAGCAUCAAGUUUAUUCAAACGAUCUUUUUUGGUCAGGAAAAAUUUUUUGUGACACGAUACAUCCUGCCUAUUAGCACCAUUACAAUAAUCUAAUGUUAGAGUGAAUAAAUCUUAGUUUUACACAUAGUUCUAAUCGAUGCUUAAUUAUAACUUUGUUCUAUUCUAUGUUCUAGAACAAUAGUAAUUAUAUUUAAUUAGAAAUUUUAAGUUCUCAGGGUGUAACAAAGCGUUCUUUUCUAAAUCAGCAGCUCUAUUAAAAUUGAAACAAUAAGCCUAGAAUUAAGAGAAGAUUUGAUAUACCAAUGUUCAGGCGGCUAGCUUCUAAUUGAACAUUGUGAAAUUUGGUAUUCUUAAAGCUGGCUAACACUUCUAACACUAUCAAAAUUUCUGUGAUCACAGACUCAGUACGAAUUUUCUAUAGGUAAAUUCUAAGUUCUGAAGGAUUUGUAAGAAGUGUUGAGGGAAUUACUGACUCAGUGUUAAGCCUGCAGCACACGAGAGCUAUCUGCUGAGUCAAAAGUUACUCGUGUCUGUUAGCUCAGCCGAUAGCUCACCGAUCAAACAUGUUUGAUACGUGAGAAAAGGUUGCAUGAGGCAAAAAACUCAGUAAAAUGUACCCGCACACGGUGAGCUAUCGGCUGAGCUAACAGGCACGAGUAACUUUUUGCUCAGCAGAUAGCUCUCGUGUGCUGCAGGCUUAAAACUCUAUUUCAGAACCAUCCUCAGAGAUACGAAAAACUGAAUUACUGAAUCAGUGUCAAACAAUACGUCAGUUUCCUCGAACAUUUCUUACAAGUCCUUAAAUACUUAGAAUUUACCCGUGCAAAAUUCUCACUGUGAUCACAGAAACUUCGAUAGUAUAAACCUGAUAUUUGUUGUGUUAAUUGGUGUAGUGUACUCAGGUGAAUAAGAUGCUUGUGAUGUUACUCUGAGUGUGUAUCCACACCGGGCAGGCUUGAAAAAUAUGCCUGGCCACGGUAGGAUUCGAACCUACGACCUUUGGAUUACUAGCCCAAUGCUCUGCCAACUGAGCUACGCGGUCAGGUCGGUUCGAAAUGCGAUAUUUCGGAACUGAGUCUAGUUCCUUCGAUAUCAGUGUAAUCUAAUAAUCGUGAUACGUAUAAACCUUUAUAAAAAUGCUUGGAAUGCCUGUUCUGCAUAUGUAGAAUAUCAAGCAAAGAUGUACUAGGCCAUAAGUGUAAAAGGCCUGUUGCUCUUUUGUCUUUUUAAUUUGUAUGUUUAUAAAGUGAAACACCCACACAUCACGUGACCUAGCACAAGUUAUAUGGACAGUCUUCCAAAAGUUUAAACAUAAACAUUGCACAUGCGUAGAUCGAACUGUACAUAGCCUUUAAAUCGAUCUACCACUGUAGAUGCGUCCUAGAAAAAUUUUGUAUGAUUAUAUUUAUUUGCUUUUCUAUAUAUAAGACCAAAGUAGAAUUUCGAUAUUUGUGUAACACUAAAGAAAAACAACUUGGGGGCCUAACUUUUAACUUAAAUUGUGUUUAAACGGAAUGAAUGUAAAUAUAUGUUAAAUGGAUACGCGAAUAUUUGUGCGUUACGAAUUGUGGGGAUUAAUUAACUCACACGUACGACGUCUGACACCUUGAAUAUCUUUAGUUUCGGUGAGCACAGUUCAGUUCGAGCAAGCGCCUUUUAAUAAUAAUAAUAAUAAUAAUAAUGAUUUAUUGGUAAUAUAUCCACAGAGUGGCUCUUCGCUUACCAAAUUAUAUAAAUUAUAAAGUAUUCAUAAAGUCUAUAAACUAUUUUACGAACAUUACUGCAAUAUAUAACUUUGAAUAUAUAACGUGUUCGACAGGACAAAAUAUUACUUACAAAAUUACGAAAUUAACUAAGUUAGAACAAAACUGUACGAAACUAUAUACAUUUAAAUAUUUCUUUCUAAGAUUAUCCAAGUCUUGACCAUGCUUUCAAGACUAAGAAAUUUUUGGUCUCAUUGUAGAAUACUCUGUAGUCUCUGCAAUUCCUAAUUUCUUCUGGUAAUUGGUUAAAAAGAUGUGCUGAUUGGUCCUGUAAUGUGUUCUUAAUUAAAGGGACUUGAAGCUGAGAGCCUUUGCUUGAUCUCAGAACUCGAGAAUGUUGAACCAAUUGUAGCUUUUGGUAACUUGGCCAAUUUUCAUCGUAAAGCGCUUUGUAACUUAAUUUUAGAACGUUUUAUCUAUGAGAUCGUUUUACCUUUUACCUAUGAGAUCGUGCGUUCGAUUCUCUCGUUGUCCGCUCAUGCAAAAAGAGUCAGUCAACGCCCUGCCGAAAGUCGUGGGUUUUCUCCGGAUCUUCCGAUUACUUCCCACAGGGAAAUUUGACAGGGUGAGGAUAAACACAGUAAGAAAAGUAAUAUCACAGUUGUUGUAAGAGUUAAAAUAGUCUAGGCUAAGUAUGUAAUUAGGUAAGCUUUUAAUACUUAAUGUAAAACACAUCAUAUCCACAUGCAAAUUUUGUGCUACAGAUGUCUUAAUUUAAAUUAAAACUCCUCUACAAUUAUAUUAGAGAGAAAAUUGCCUCGCAUAGCCUAAACGGCGUUCUGUCAUUUUAAUAUUGUCCCACAUAUGAGUGCAUGAUAUAUAAUUUUAAUAUAAUUAACAAGUUCUUCCUCUUUUGUGCUGCCUGUCAGUAUUUUAUCUUGUGUUUGUGUGCUGUUUUAACAGUCUCUAAGCUGGUACAAUACAGGAUUUUGGCAUGUGUACAUUUUCUGACAUAUAUUACGCAAGUUCUGAGUUACGACAUUGUUCUUAUUUUUGGCACAUCAAAAUUGGACUAUUAAUUAAUGCUAUAUAAAAGAAGCUCAUUGGCCAGUGCACUUCCAUUUCUUAGGUACAACACGAAAGCAGAAGGACAACAGUUCACUUCAAACAAGGUAAAUGAAAAAUGUGAUUAUUGUUUUCAUGUAUAGUAAUAUACCCGGUAUAUAAAAAAGUUCACAAUUCCAAAACGUCCACUAUAAUUAAACUGGAAAUUCCGCAAAUUGACAACAUGGGUAUAGUUUGGGGCCUUCUGGCAUCUCUGUUCUUUAUCACCAAAUUAUUUGAAAGACUUUCGAGUACAGAAGCUAUUUUUCAAAACCAAACCUUUUUCCAAAACUUUUAAAAAUGGCUUGCGGACAAGGUGCGCAUCUGAAAUGUUUUUAUGAACUAUCAAAGUACCAGGCUGUUUGAUCCAUGUGUAGACUAUUUAAAACAUGAGCAGCAGUGUUUUAUCAGAUAUAAAGAUUCGAGGAGAAGCCGAGUAUCUUCAGGUCUGAUAAAACAUGCACUGCACGCGAAUGUUAGUAAGUUUAUUGGCGAAGCAAUUUUCAAAAAAUACGUUCUGUAAGUCGAGAAAAUCAAAGGUAAAAUUUAUGUAAAUUAAGGGAUUAAGGGAAUCUCUAUCGCGCGCAUGAUACGACAGCCUAUGAUUUUUCUUAAGUUUUUGUAGAUAAUUUAUAAGAUGCACGACUCAUUUUACGCAUGAUUGAUUUUAUGCAGAUUAAUUUUUGCAUACUCUUUACAAAAAGUUUAAAAAUUAUGCAUGAGAGGCUACUAUGGCAAAAAGUCUAAGUUUUAAAGAUCGCGUGUUGGAGUCAAUUAUCUGGUACUUUCAAAUGAUGCAACCAAUUAGUUCAAAUUGCGUUUCAAACCUUUCGUUUUUGUGCACAAGGAGUCUUUACGUUGAUUUAAGAAAACAGCCUUGUUGUACUCGAAAUUUACUUUUAGAAUAAUCUUGUAAUGUAGAUAUCAGAAAACCCCAAACUACCCAUACCAGCAUAAAGUUGUGACAAAUUGUACGAAAUUUUCUGUUUAAUGAUCUGCGCAAUUUGUUGAUACACGUUGUAGAGUGCACACCGUAGGUUCGCACAAUAAGGCACAGCCGGGAAAAUCAUGUAAUUUGCAUUGCCUGUGGAAGAUAUGCACAGUCGAAACAUACCCAAAUCGUGGUUUAAUUCUUGUUCUGAGCUCAAGACAUCCAUGUGAAAAGAGUGAGUCAACGCUCUAGCGUUGCUCGUGGGUUUUCUCCGGGUACUCCGAUCUCCUCUCACAGGGAAUGUUAACAGGGUGGUUGGGCUUAGCCCCUAACUGACUCUUCCACCGUCCGUAAUUAUGUAGUCACGAUAAAUUACGCUCUGUACGUUGCAUAUCAACCGUAUUUAACAGGGCAUUUUUUAAGAAUUCGUCAGUGGGGGGGAGCCAUCUACAAAAAGGGACCAUACUAUACCAAGUGUGGAGAAAUGAUAGAUGGUUGUUGGUAACAAAAAAUUUAGUGUGGUAUCGCAUUUAAUUGUAGGGGGGUCUGGGGGUAUUGUCCCCCAGAAAAUUUUUGUAUUUUUCUACCCCUAUGACUGCAAUUCCUGCAUUUUUUGAAACAGAUUUUUGGAUAUACAGCAUUACAUUAUGCUGUAGGUAGACUGAACCUUUAGUGAAAUACUUGCAUGAUACAGUAUGUUUAUGUAGAUACCACAACUUGGUCACUCAGGGAGCCAGCUUGCUAAACUUAGGAGGCCUGACUCUCACGAAGUGCCACCAUGGUUGGCACAGAGCGGGAAAAUUUUGGAAAUUUUGUGUCUCUAAAUCGUCGGAAAUGGCAUUUUCAAAGUCUUCUCUACCUCUUUUGUUAGGCCCUUUCAUUAAUUCUUUCAUUAUGAUUUGUGAGUCUAUGCUAUCUGUGAGUCAGGAUGGAUUAUUACGAGAAAUGUUGUCAGUAUCAAAAUGUCGAUUACAGAUAUUUGAUUAUAUAUACACAUACGAUUUCAAAUACUUCUAGUUUCGAAAUCAAUUGGGGUUUUUUUGGUGGUGGGCCUAAAUUAUCCCCCCUUAUAAAACACUGGGUUGGGGGCCCGUUUCCCCCCUGCGGUCACUAACUUGUUUAGCCGAGCCUUCCAACAACUCAAAUCUAUAGGGUCUGGGAAAUGCAAUCCACUGGAAAUGUUUAAAAUCUAAUAAGGUAUUUACAACACAAUGUUUAGCAUUAAAUAAAGUUAAAAGACAGGACAUAAGAUUCACAAAGCAAAUUUCAGUUACUAGAAUAUCAAACCUCCCUUCUAAAUUUUAUGUUUUGCUCAUAUUUUAGAGAAAAGGGACUUUGACUGGGGGGGGGCAAAAUGGUUGAGUGGGGGGGGGGGCCACCAUGGGGGCUGGGGGGCUUUGCCCUCCCCCCCCAGUUAUAUAGUUAAGAAAUGCCCUGGUAUUUCACUAAUUACGAAGUUUGUAUACGUAUUUUUCAUGUUCACCACCGCCAAUUCACGUACGUCUCAUUUUAAUGUGUUUCCAUCAACCACUAGCGUAAAGGCAAUUUUCCAUUGCAGUCGCUUUGCCCGCGCGGGCGGACCGUUCAUUGUUUUUGAAGCCCGUCACGCCCGUGUGAGCAGAUUUUCAAGGGCCGCUCGGGCAAAGCGAUUGCAAUGGAAAAUUGCCUUAAUGUCAGUUAAGCUGUUAGUAGGGCCGUACACGGCGUGGGGCAGAUGGGGAAACAGCAUGCCCCCUAGACAACCGCCCCCUAGAGAAAACUAUAUAUUUACGAUUUUAGAAUGUUAUUAUUAAUUAUUCUUUGGACAUUUGGGACAUUCUUCGACGUAUAGGCCUUACUGCUCCAUGCAUGGGGAAAAAUCAUGUGUACGGCCCUGGCUGCUAACCAACAAGCUAUUUUAUGAGAUGCCAUUUCUACACUUUUGCUAUAUCGCGUGACAGCAAUGAAUUAAAAGGCAAAUCCGAGAACUGGAUCAGAAUGCGAGGACUUGAAAUCUAGUUCAGUCCGAAUUGGAGGGUUUGAAAUUACAUCUCAUACGAAUAAAUCACUAGUUAAAGUGAGGUGAAUUAAUUUUGAUCCAGUCCAAAGACUGAAUUAAUUUUGAUCCAGUCCUAUAGGUCUGGGUCUAUAUACUGUACAUCACCAGGUGCCCAGGUAUCCAGUAUUAUCAUGUUAGCAAUAAAGCAAUAUGGUUGGCUAAUUUACUCAUGAAUUAUUAACGAGUUUGAGAUGAAUAGUUGAAGAGUUUUGUAUAGGUGGGAACGAUCAAGUGUAAAUUUAUAUGAAUUUAUUAUACUGUACCUAACCAGAAAGAGCUUCGAAAAAUACAACUACUGUAUAGGUCCCUGGCAGGAAUCGAACCUGGAACCUGCGAUCUAACCAACUGAUCUACAGAGUCCAGUUGUCGAGCCCUAACCACUAGUUCAUAUAUACAACCAAUAAAAAAGGUUGUCUUUUGCAAAUCUCAGUUAAACUCUAAACCUUAAACCUUAAACUCUAAGCGCGCAAAGCUUAAUGGGAGCACAAGUUUCAAGCUUAGUAGUUAAAUAUUGCAGCUAUUUGUAAAUGAAUUGUUCUCCUAGCUAAGGAGAUAUUUACCAUGUCUCUAAGAAAUGGGCCCCAUAUAUGAUUUCUAAACAGAUUAAGUGGUACAUCCAUUAUGCUUUGCAAGCUUAGAGUUUAAGGUUUAGGAUUUUGAGUUUAAGAUUUUCAAAGGACUACCUUUUUUGAAUUAGCUAGGGUACCGCCAUGUUAGGUUAUACAUUUAAUAGAGUGUUAAUUUAUAUACAUUUAUUUUGUUAGCUGUUAGUGACAAAUGCCUAGAGUGCUAUAUUUAUCUUAUUCACACCUUCCUAAAAGAGCUGGUGUAACUGUGUUUUUCUUCCAGAAACAGAGAUGCAUUCGGCGGUUGUCUUUACAGCAAUAUUCGCAGUAAUUUUCCCUGCAUCAGUUUAUGGUCAUGGAAUGAUGAUGGAUCCGGUUAGCCGUGCAAGUCGUUGGCGUAAAGGAUACGGCGGUCCGAAAGAAUACACCGACAAUCAAUUGAGCUGUGGUGGUAGAAAUGUACAAUGGGGGAAACAUAAGGGUAAAUGUGGUGUUUGUGGGGAUGAAUAUGGCAUCAAAAAUCCGAAGUUCCAAUAUCCCGGUGCGUUCGCAAGGAAUCCACCAAUUGUGAAAACAUAUCGAGAGGGUCAAGAAAUUGAAGUCCAAAUCAAGAUCACGGCCAAUCAUCUGGGCUAUUUCACAUUCCGUCUCGCGCCAUUGGUAAAACAGCCCGUUACGCAAAGCGAAUUGAACAAGAUCAUGUUAAGAAUGCCAAAUGGAAACGCAGAGUGGAAACUACCGCCUGGAAAUAGGUACUACACUAUCAAACUGCAGCUGCCCAAAGGCGUGACAUGUGAACACUGCGUGAUUCAGUGGUGGUGGAACACUGGCAAUAAUUGGGUAUGUAAUUUUCUUAGAUCUACAGGGUGUAUAAAAAAACGCAACCUCGAAAUUUCCUAAGAUAUCCACUUUGCAAUUCUUAAGCGUAAAAGAUCUUAGGCCCCUGGGAAUUGAAAUCGAGUUGCUAAUAGAUCAUAUUACUGUUGUUGUACUGUACUUGUAAAAUAAAAACUUAUUAAGAUUCAAGUGUCAUUAAAUAAAUGCAUAAAUUUUGCUUUAUGUACUCGCGUGUGCAGUAAUUUUGACAGUGAUGCUAUUUUAAAUUCCCAGGCACCUAAAAUCUUUUGCCCUUAAAACAAUGUCGAUUUCUUGGGAAAUUCCGUAAACGCGGAAUCAUUGACGCACAUCGCAUUUUAAUUGAUUUUGGGCACGUUUCAAGUCAAGAAAUAUUGUUUCCUUGCAAUGUUUCUUGAAGGUGAAAAAUCGCCAGAAAAUUAUGUUUCCUAGUCAUACUUCCUGAAGGUAGGCAAACCAGGAAACACUGUUUUCUAUUACUUCAAAAAUCCUGGUACACCGCUUUCCUAAAAUUCCCAAAAGAAAAUUCUGGCAAAAUCCCCGAAAUUCCGUCCUUAAACUUUCUACAAAAUCACUAAAAAUCUUACAAAAUAGCUAAGAAUCUUAAAAACUCCUGCAAAAUCCUCAAAAUUAUAUUCAAAAUCCCCAAAACUCUUCAAAUUCCUAAAAUCGUGCCGAAAAACAUCCUUUAAAAUCCGCUGAAAAUCUCGUAAAAAGUUCCAAAAUUUCCGGGCGUUUCUGCAGGAAUUUGAAAUCUUAGAGUAUAAUUCACCCUUUAAUACCGGCAUUACUGUAAGAAGGACAGAUUCAAACUAUUUCAUUUUGCUUAAAAUUCGCCUGGUUUUUGAACCAUAUAUACGUGGCCCUGUUUGAAUGUAUAGGCUACCAUGCAGCCGCCAAUGUGGUAUCGAAAUCGUCUAUGGAAAUUGUCUUUCAAAAACUAAUGAAAUUGAAUCAUAUACACAAUGCACGGGUAAAAGGUCAUUCUCAAACUGCUAAGAUCCUCUCUCACGCAGGAAAAUCUCGAAUCACUGCUCAUUAUUUCUUUUGGAAAGGAUUUUGCGCUGCAAAUAGCAAACCUGGAAUAGGGAACAAAUUGAUAUAUUAUAAUUGUCAUGUAUAAUUUGCUAAGAGUAAAGAAAUGAGCUCUUUAAUUCUAUUAUAAACGUUUAAAACUAAUGAUCAAACGGACGUUGAUGUGAUCCAGCCAUCACUAACCGCAUUUUUUUCACUCUGAGAAGCUGUCAGUUCGCCCCUGCAUGAUAUGGUUCUAUAUACAAAUCUGUAUAUAAAUCAAAUCAGCCACCGUCAGAGAGGCAUCAUUUAAGAAAAAGAUAGCAUAGGUUUUACUACUUUUAUAAGAAUCAGUAACGAUAUGUUUCAAUUGGCAAUUUGGCAUCCAUGAAAGGUUUAGAUCUGUCCAGGUCUUGCUGUCUAAAAAUGUUAAAUGUUUUACUGUAAAACAGGUAGACGCUAAUUAGGGCCACAUCGUUUCGUUAGUGGCCUUCAAUUCUCAGACUUUUAUAUUUCCAGCUGAAAAUCAACAAUAAGCAAACAUAUAACUAGUUUUGUUUGUGGAAGCACCACGUAAAUUUAUUACUGCAAAAUCUAUUUACGUGGAAACGUGGUCAUAAUUUAUUUUACAAAAUCUAUUUAUUAUUUUUUUAAAUUUUUUUUUUUAAAUCUAUUUACGUGGUUUUUCCACAAACAAAACUAUAUAUUAUAUGUUUUAUCGCCAUGCAAACAUACAAAGAACUUAAUAAGCAAACAAUUUCCGAUUUAUUUUCUGUUUAGGUAAAUGACAAACCAGAAACCUUCGUGAAUUGUGCUGAUAUUGCAAUCCUUCCUUUGUAAAUGCGACUAGAACAAUGCACAAGAAUCUUAAUCAGAAUAAAUAUGACGAUUAUUGUUGAAGAAAAUCAGUAAAUAAAAUCUCUUAAAAACGUUAAGUUUGUGUAUUUGAAUUGAAAAAAAGCUUUUCAGGCCUUGGUGACACGGAUGAUUUGAUCUUUUGCUUUCAAAGCCUUUAAGUGUGACGCAUGAAAAAAUACAAAUUCGAACACAGCUAAUCGUUCAAGUUCCUAUGUGAACUGAUUAAUGGGAAUUUUCGUAUAAUACACACGCAAAAAUGUUUGAAAUUGGAUCCACUUUGUUCGGACUCCCUUUUCCCUUACCCUCUCCCCCUUGCCUUGAUGAAACUGAUUUUAUAUGAACCGCGUAGAGGAUUAAAGCUGAGCUUCUUUUUCACGCCAAAAAUUCAAAACAAGCGGUUGAAGUGAAAGUUUAAAUCGGGAGACGUUUAUUAAAAUUUUGGCUGUUAAAAUUAUAGGCAAACCAAAAAUACGUGUAUAAUGCAUUGCACCAAAUAUCAAUUUAUAAAUAGACUCGCUUUAUUCCUCUGAAAUUAGUCGCACGCCGCAAGCACUUUAUGGUAAAUAUCGUGUGCGAAAUAUUUUGCGUUUUGUCGAAGUCGUAUGUUCGUCAACUUCUAUAUAGGCCAAUCUUAGCUAUAUACUAUAUAUAUAUAUAUACAGUUGUAUACAAAAAACCUGCACAGUUCGAAAAUGUUUGCUCAACUGCAAAUUCUGCAAAAUUUGUGAAAAAUUUAUGCGUGCAUGGGUAGCUUGGGGUGUGAUAGUAUCUUCACCACUAAAAUUAUUUCAAAAGUAUUUUUUAAAAUGAUUUUAAUUUAUUAUUUUAAAAUUAUUUUAAUUUUUUAUUUAUUAAUUUUUUUUAUUAUUUUUUUUAAAUAUUUUUAUUAUUUUAAUUAUUUUUUAUUAUUUUUUUUUAAUUUUAAUUAUUUUUAAAGUAAGUUUUUGAGUUCAGGAGGGUUGUUUUUUAAAAACCACUUUAGAAAUGGAUUGCGCACAAAAAUGAAAGGCUUAAAAUGCAAUUUGAAUUCAUACGUUGCAAAUUUAGAAGGUGUUUUAUGAACUACCAAAGUACCAGUCAAUUUGAUAUACAUUAAAUUCUACCCGCGACCUCAAAGCUUGGACUUUUUUUCCAUGAUUGAUUUCAUACAAACUCUUUUUAAUACAAACAAUUUAAAAAUUAUACGUGAUAGGCUACAGUGGCAGAAAUCUCCAAGCUUUAGAGGUCGCGCGUUGGACUUAAUAUAUGUACAUCAAAUUAAUUGUCUUGUACUUUGAUAAUUCAUAAAACACCUAUGAUUUCUAAUUGCGUUUAACGACUUCCACUUUUUGCGCAAGCCACUUUCAAAGUGUUUUUUAUAAAAACCUCUUUUGCAUCUACUCGAAAAUUUACUUUUCAAAAUAAUUUUAGUUGUAAAGAAACUAGCAACUACCCGUGCUUGCAUAACGUUUUCACACAUUUUGGGAAAUUUGUAUUUUAGCGGACAUUUUCCAACUGUGCAGUUUUACACCUUGCAUCUACAAUGCGUUUUCAUUGAGUGCUUGCGGCGCGCCACAAAUUUCAGAGGAAUAGGGCGAGCUUAUUUAAUGCUUUCUAGACGUAUUUUUGGGCUGCCCUCGUUAAAAUAGAUGUUCCAAGUAAGGAAUUUUACACUGGAGUUUCAAAUUUUCAGGUACAUGCUACAUUUCAUAAAUAGUAUUUUCGAUGUGCUGCUUUUUAAUUUUAAUAGUGUUACAUUUCAUUCAACAGUUAUUGGAGUCAAAACGUAGACUGAGUAGGGCAAAUGCACACUCGAGAAAUUCUUUUUCCAAUAACUUUGCACGCUUGAUAACCCCUUAUAAUUGCUCAGCAAAGUUCUUCCUUGGAAAACAAGCGCAGAAAUGUCAGAUAUUUUCACAGAAAAUGUAUGGCAGACAAAGCAUCAUGCAUUCAGAAUGUGUUUUUGUCAAAUAGGAAGAUCAGAAACGUGCUUGGUUCUUGGCUGAGAAAGAGACAUUUUGUGCAAACUCUUCAGAAAUUAUUUUUAGUUUUUUACAAUUUGCAAAACUUUGCGCAGAUUUCCAUAAUUGCAAGAAUUUUUGCGCGGGAAAUUAAUUUUCUUCAAAGCCAAAACUUUACAGUCUGGUAACUGCAUUUAUCCUUAGGCAGCUUGUGUUUGUUGCAUAACCCUCGCGAAAUUAUAUUUAAUCCAAUAACGUGGUGGCGGAAAUCUUGGUUGGGCGGUGGGGAGUACCUCCCCCACCUUCACGGAAAAUUGACGAAUUUUCGGAAAUUUUGACCUAAAAGAGGGCUAAAAACAAUCUUUUCGAGUGCAAAUGGGGAGGUGGGGUACGUCGAAAAUUUGAAAGUUUUGUCGGAAAUUUAUGAGGCUUUCCCCCCCCCCCUCCUGGAAAAAGUGAAUUUCCGCCACUGAUAACUUGGCACAAUUGAAUAACUCUAUUUAUAUUAAUUUAUGCCUACACAACUUGUAUUUAACUUGUAUCUGAUACAAAUUGUAUUUGUUGCACAUUAUUGGCAAUUUAAACAUUGACAAUUUAACACCAAUUUUAGGGCACAUUUGAAUAAAGUAAUCAGACUUCAAUUGCACGUCUGCAUUUUUGUCUUGCAAAAACCUGCAGUUUCUUUGCAUUUUCAAUCAAACAACAAAUUGUUUUAAAUGAUUCCGCCGUCUCCCCCUCCGGGCAAAUUGAAAUAUUUCUUGGUGGGAAUAGUAAGUCAAAUUGCAGGCUUUUCAGCUUUCGUGGUGGGAAGCUACCGUCAAAGUUGCAUCAUUUUAAGAAAAAAUAACGUAGCCAUAAGUUCCACAACUUAUAUAUGAUUUAGUAAUGAUAUGUUUCAAUUGGCAAUUUGGCAUCCAUGAAAGCUGUUGAUCCGCAUGUUCAGGUUUUGCUGUCAAAAUUGUUGAAUGUGGGAGGGUUUCACUGUAAAACCGGUAAACUCCAUAAAGACUGCGUUGUUUCGUAAACCUUUCUCAGACACCUUCCUCUUUCCAGCCAAAAACAAACUGUAAGCCAAAAACAAUUUCAUUUAUUUAUAGUUUACAGUGUAAUUUAAUAUUUCCUGUUUAGGUAAAUGACAAGCCAGAAACGUUUGUGAAUUGUGCUGAUAUAGCGAUCCUCCCACAGGGUGGGAAACCCAGACCCACCCAGAGACCAAGACCCACCCAGCGACCAAAACCAACCCGGCGACCCAAACCGACCCACAGACCUCGACCAACGCGUCCUUCCAGGCCCUCUGGUAAAAAUUGUCAUGCUCUACCUAACGACUCGCGACCGGGAAUGAACGAAUGGUGUCGAAGAAAUUGUACUCUUGGCAACUGCCCUGCAAGCCUUUGUAAAUGCGACUAG